AUGUCGGAUGGGUUCUCUAACCCUAAUUCCGAUAAAAGCAACCUCUUUGGUGAUCAGCACCUGAAUGGACAAAGCAGGAGCAUUGUUGUGGGACGAGGAACUGGAAAACGCUUUGCACGACGUGCGAAAAGAUGGGCCGAUUUACAACAGAGACGGUACAAUCAACGUAUUGUUGCCCUACGGAACGAGAUGCUCAGUUAUUCCGAGUCACGAUCUUCUUUGUUUGACUCUUAUGAGGCAACACCUGGAGUGAUGAAAGAGGAGGAUGUGUUGAUGUCUGCUUCUAACCUGGAGCAUCUUCGUCAGUCGCUUUCCUGUUGGAUCUCACAGCCGUACUGCCGAGGCCUUUCUGGCCAUUGCUCGAUUUCUUCGCUUGGAACCUCAUUAGUUGUAAGCACCGCAUCAUUCAAAUACCCCACACAGAAAAAUUUCUCCAAUUGUCAACUAUCGUCUGAUUCCAUAUACUCCCCCGUACAUAAUCCAAGAUUUCUAAAUCAAAGAUGCAGCCACUGUGCCGCAUUAAUGUCAAACACCGACCUCAAUGACCUACUCUCUCUUAUUACCCACGACUUGUCUGUUACGUCCACUCAUGGCGCGAAUAUAUCCUUGCACGAAUCUGUUCAUCAUGUCGAUAAAUUGUCUAUGCAUCUACCGUUGAACUCCUACUUUGCGGGUAGUAAAUAUACUGUAAACACUGCUCCACCUCCCGAGCGGGAAUGGGUGAUGAUUCGACAUGCCGAUCCAGACCGACCUAUAGGUAUGCGUUUCACACUAAUAAAACAAGCUUUAAUUUUGGCGUAAGC